AUGACAAGUAGCAUCAGUGAUGAGUAUGAAGCACUAGAAGUCAUCGGCAAGGGGUCGUUUGGUACUGUGCGUAAAGUCCGUCAGAAGCUGGAUAAUCAUAUGUUUGUUCGCAAAGAGAUCGACUACACCUCCAUGAACACCCAGGAACGAAACCAAUUGAUCUCUGAACUCAGAAUCUUACGAGAACUCAACCAUCCCCACGUCGUCAAGUACUGCCGACAUGACCAUCUCAUGAGCAAGAAGUCGAUCCACAUUUACAUGGAAUAUUGCGAUGGAGGAGAUUUGGGGCAGGUGGUAGCUAACUUCAAAAAGAAUAAGGAAACGGUUCCAGAAGAGUUCGUCUGGCAGGUCAUGGUCCAGACCUUGUUGGCACUCCACAAGUGCCACUAUGGAAUCGAUGCCAAGAAGGUCAAUUUGUUUGCCUCCAGUGAGGUGGAACCUCCCAUCAAUUCCGAAACUGUCAUUAUUCACAGAGACAUCAAACCCGAUAACAUCUUUCUUUUGAACGCGGGAAAGACCAUCAAGCUCGGGGACUUUGGCUUGGCCAAGAUGUUGACGUCUCAGAACGACUUUGCCAAAACCUACGUGGGGACCCCGUACUAUAUGUCUCCUGAGGUUCUUAUGGACAAUCCCUAUAGUCCAGUCUGCGACAUCUGGUCCUUGGGGUGCGUGUUGUUUGAGUUGUGUGCAUUGCAGCCACCGUUCCAAGCAAAAACUCACUUGCUGUUGCAAACCAAGAUCAAAAAGGGCAUUAUUCCCGACCUCCCCUCUUGUUACUCGCUCCAAUUGACGUCUAUGAUAAAGGAGUGCAUCACAGUGGAUCCUGAGCUGAGGCCUUCAUGCUUCGAUUUGCUCCAGGCGUUGCCAGUACGAUUUUUGCGCAAGGAGAUGGAGUUGAAGGGUGCGUCAGCCGAGUUGAACGAAUACCAGAAACAGUUGGUGAGUAAAAAUGACGAGUUGAAGAAGAAGGAGGCAUACUUGAACACCAUUGAGCAGAAGAUCUACAAUCUGAAGGUCGACCUUCAGGAAGAGUAUACCAAUAUCCAGAAGAAAUGUGACAUGCAGAAGAAGCAGAUCGAAAACGAGCUCAUCGAAGAGUUUGAGGCUCGCAAGAAGCUCAUGGACCAAGAGGCCAAAGAAGUAAGGCUCAAUUAUCAGCGGGAGUUCAAGUUGGUGGUAGAGCAAGAAGUUCAACAACGGUUGAAGGAGAUUCUUAUGACCCAGAAUUCCGACCUUAUAAGAAAGAAAUCGGAUCCCACUCGACAGAACCAGGACGUUUCCACUCCCCAGGCCAAAAACUUCCUCUAUCAGAACAACCAUCACUAUCUGAGUGAUAAGCUUGUGCUGCCAAACAAACCCCGGGGGCCCAAGGAACUAAUGGAUGAAAGCCCCACCCGAAGAACCCCUUUGAAGAUCCGUAACGACUAUGAUGAUUAUGAUUCCUAUAAAAACCACAAAAAUCCCCAGUCCCCGACCCGACUCCAGGGUAACAACUAUCGCAAGCGAAUCACCGAUGAGUUGGAACCACUUACCAUCGACAAGCGAAACAUUCCUGAGUACGAAGAGCUUUACCUCAGAAACAAAAACUAUCGACACUAA